UGGAUCUAGAAACUUUGAUCAACAGCUGACCUGCUCCGAGGGUGGACCUGACAGACUUCACUUCGGUGUGAUUUUCAUUCACGUCUGGGUCUCAAGUAAAAAUGCGUACCACUCAAGUACUGCGUGGUUUAGAAUUUGGCAAAUUAGCCAAAAUCCGAGGAAUUGUCUACUUCAGACUCAGUCCUUUUGAGCAGAAAGCUUUUGCUGGUGCCAUCAAUCAUGGAGUUCCUAACAUGAUCCGUAGAUUCCGUGAGCAAGUGCUCCGUGUUGCUCCACCAUUCGUCAUUGGCUACAUGAUUUACUCCUGGGCAAACCAGGAACACGAGCGCCUGGUGAGAAAGAAGCCCGGCGACUUUGCUGAUGAUGAAUAAAAAAAUAUAUAUACUAUAAAUAAUAAAAGCUAGUUAAUUAAAAUAAUUAAAUUGGUUUACAUAAACUAUUUAUUUUUUUUUUUUUCUGUCAAUAGUAAAAAAGCAAAAAUGUAAAUUGAGUUCGAGAAUGCUCUAAUAAAUGUUAAUUUUAAAUCA